AUGCAUCAGCCAAGGCGUGUCAAGUUUGAUUCUGAAGUGCUCAAUGAGUCCAUUCUGCCGAAUCAAUUGUUCCAAUUCGUAAACUGCUCGGUGCUCCGAUCAGAUGGUCUCAAAAAAGAGCAUAUUUGGGUUCGUAAUGGGCGAAUUUUGGAUGAAAGAACAGUGUUUUUCGAGGAGAAACGAAUGGCUGAUGUGCAAGUCGAUUGCUCUCGAUUGAUUCUUUCUCCAGGAUUCAUUGAUGUUCAAUUGAAUGGUGGUUUUGGAAUUGACUUCUCCACCUAUAACUCGAACGAUGAUGAAUACAAGGCGGGACUGGAAUCCGUUGCGAAACAGCUUCUCUCACAUGGAGUCACCAGUUUCGCACCCACAGUCAUCACUAGUUCGCCAGAAACUUAUCACAAGGUUCUACCACUUCUGAAACGUUCGAAAGCCUCACCAGACGGUGCUGGAAUUCUUGGAGCCCAUCUCGAAGGUCCAUUCAUCUGUGCCAACAAACGGGGAUGUCAUCCGGAGCAACUCGUCAUCACUACAUUUGGAUCGAAUCCAGCUGAAACUAUUGAAAAUGUCUAUGGCAGUACUGAAAACAUCGCAAUUGUCACAAUUGCUCCAGAGCUUGAAGGAGCUCAAACAGCGAUAGAAUAUUUUGUUUCGAGGGGAACUACAGUAUCCGUGGGACACUCUUCGGCAAAAUUGGGACCAGGUGAAAUGGCUGUGAUGUCGGGCGCCAGGAUGAUCACUCAUCUGUUUAAUGCAAUGCAAUCGUACCACCACCGCGACCCUGGACUUAUCGGCCUUCUAACUUCAUCAAACGUCUCUUCUGAUCAUCCUCUCUACUACGGAAUCAUUUCGGAUGGAAUCCACACUCAUGACUCCGCCCUCCGAAUCGCCUACCAUACUCAUGCGGAUGGUCUUGUUCUGGUCACGGACGCAAUUGCUGCACUUGGUAUGGCAGAUGGUGUUCAUCGAUUGGGUACCCAAACUAUCCAUGUGAAAGGUCUCGAAGCGAAAUUGGAUGGAACGAAUACAACGGCUGGAAGUGUUGCCAGUAUGCCAUAUUGUAUUCGACAUCUCAUGAAAGCUACUGGGUGUUCAAUUGAAUUCGCAUUGCAGAGUGCCACGCAUAAACCAGCAACACUUCUCGGCGUAACCGGCGAAAAAGGAACAUUGGAUGUGGGAAGCCUGGCCGAUUUCGUUUUGAUUGAUGAGAACGUCGACGUCAAAGCGACAUUCUGCUCUGGAACUCGCGUUUUCCUUCUCAAUUGA